AUGGAGCUCUUCCAAGCCAAGGACCACUACAUCCUGCAGCAGGGCGAGCGCGCGCUGUGGUGCAGCCGCCGCGACGGCGGCCUCCAGCUCCGACCGGCUACCGAUCUGCUUCUUGCCUGGAAUCCCAUUUGUUUGGGGUUGGUAGAAGGUGUUAUUGGAAAAAUUCAGCUUCAUUCAGAUCUUCCAUGGUGGCUUAUUUUAAUUCGUCAGAAAGCCUUGGUGGGCAAACUUCCAGGAGACCAUGAGGUCUGUAAAGUUACCAAAAUUGCUGUACUAUCACUUUCUGAAAUGGAACCUCAGGAUCUUGAGCUAGAGCUCUGUAAGAAGCAUCAUUUUGGAAUUAACAAACCAGAGAAGAUUAUACCAUCUCCUGAUGACUCCAAGUUUCUACUGAAGACCUUUACGCAUAUUAAAUCCAAUGUGUCUGCUCCUAAUAAAAAGAAAGUUAAGGAAAGUAAAGAAAAGGAGAAGCUGGAGAGAAGAUUACUCGAGGAGUUGCUGAAGAUGUUCAUGGACUCAGAAUCCUUUUACUAUAGCUUGACCUAUGACCUGACCAAUUCUGUGCAGAGGCAAAGUGCUGGAGAGAAGGACCCCCGUCCCCUCUGGCAAAAGGUUGAUGACCGAUUUUUUUGGAAUAAAUAUAUGAUACAAGACCUUACUGAGAUUGGUACACGAGAUGUGGACUUUUGGAUCAUCCCCAUCAUCCAAGGUUUUGUGCAGAUUGAAGAGCUUGUGGUUAAUUAUAAUGAGUCAUCUGAUGAUGAGAAAAGCAGCCCAGAGACCCCGCCUCAGGAGUCCACCUGUGUAGAUGACAUUCACCCACGAUUUCUAGUGGCUCUCAUUUCACGCCGAAGUAGACACAGAGCAGGAAUGCGUUAUAAGCGAAGAGGAGUGGAUAAAAAUGGAAAUGUUGCAAAUUAUGUGGAGACUGAGCAGUUAAUUCAUGUGCAUAAUCACACUCUGUCAUUUAUUCAGACACGAGGCUCUGUGCCGGUCUUCUGGAGCCAGGUUGGGUAUAGAUACAAUCCAAGACCUCGGCUGGACAGAAGUGAAAAGGACACGGUUGCCUAUUUCUGUGCCCAUUUUGAAGAACAACUGAAAAUUUACAAAAAACAGGUUAUUAUUAAUUUGGUAGACCAGGCAGGAAGAGAGAAAAUAAUUGGUGAUGCUUACCUGAAGCAAGUGUUGCUCUUUAACAACUCACACCUCACCUAUGUUUCAUUUGAUUUCCAUGAGCACUGCAGAGGAAUGAAGUUUGAGAAUGUCCAAACACUAACAGAUGCCAUUCAUGACAUUAUUCUUGACAUGAAGUGGUGUUGGGUUGAUCAAGCUGGAGUAAUAUGUAAACAAGAAGGGAUUUUUCGUGUUAAUUGCAUGGACUGCCUGGAUCGCACCAAUGUGGUCCAAGCUGCCAUUGCACGAGUGGUCAUGGAACAACAGCUGAAAAAAUUAGGUGUGAUGCCCCCAGAGCAGCCAUUACCGGUGAAAUGCAAUCGGAUUUAUCAGAUAAUGUGGGCCAACAAUGGUGACUCCAUUAGCAGACAGUAUGCUGGGACAGCUGCUCUGAAGGGUGACUUUACAAGGACAGGAGAAAGGAAGUUAGCAGGAGUUAUGAAAGAUGGUGUUAACUCAGCAAAUAGGUAUUACCUGAAUCGAUUUAAGGAUGCUUAUAGGCAAGCUGUUAUAGAUUUGAUGCAAGGCAUUCCGGUGACAGAAGAUCUUUAUUCCAUAUUCACCAAGGAAAAAGAGCACGAAGCUCUGCAGAAGGAGAAUCAGAGAAGCCACCAGGAGCUAAUCAGCCAGCUCUUGCAGAGUUACAUGAAGUUACUGCUGCCCGGUGACGAGAAGUUCCAUGGCGGCUGGGCCCUCAUCGACUGUGACCCCAGCCUCAUUGAUGCUACUCACAGAGAUGUGGAUGUGCUGUUACUGCUUUCUAACUCUGCAUACUACGUGGCCUAUUAUGAUGAUGAAGUUGACAAAGUAAACCAGUAUCAACGGCUAAGUCUAGAAGACCUGGAAAAAAUAGAAAUAGGUCCUGAACCCACUCUUUUUGGUAAGCCAAAGUUCUCCUGCAUGCGAUUGCACUACAGAUACAAAGAAGCAAGUGGCUAUUUCCACACACUGAGAGCUGUAAUGCGCAACCCAGAAGAGGAUGGAAAAGAUACCCUUCAGUGCAUUGCGGAGAUGCUGCAGAUCACCAAGCAAGCCAUGGGAUUAGAUGUACCUAUAAUAGAGAAAAAGCUUGAGAGGAAGAGCAGUAAACCUCAUGAAGACCUCAUUGGCAUCAGAUCUCAAAACCAAGGCUCUUUGGCCCAGGGAAAAAAAUUUUUAAUGAGCAAAUUUUCAUCUCUAAAUCAAAAAGUGAAACAGACCAAAUCCAAUGUAAACAUUGGCAAUCUACGAAAGCUAGGAAACUUCACAAAACCUGAAAUGAAAGUUAACUUUCUAAAACCAAACUUAAAAGUAAAUCUUUGGAAAUCAGAUAGUAGUCUUGAAACCAUGGAAAACACAAGUGUGAUGGAUAAUAAAGCCCAGGCAGAGUCAGAAGGGGAAAUGUCUUCAGAUAAUGACUCAUAUCACUCUGAUGAAUUCCUUACAAAUUCCAAGUCUGAUGAAGACAGGCAGCUUACUAACUCUUUAGAGAAUGUAGGGCCAAUAGACUAUGUUCUUCCUAGUUGUGGUAUUAUUGCUUCAGCACCUCGAUUAGGCAGUCGAUCCCAGUCUAUUAGCAGCACUGAUAUCAGUAUUCAUGUUCCUUCAGAGGUUACUAUUGCUCAUGACAAUGGGCUUGGAAAAGGCCACGAGUCUUCUUUGAAGAAAAGUCCUUCUGCUGACAACAUACACACAUUGACUGGCUUUGCCAAGCCUGUGGAUAUUUACUGCCACAGAUUCGUUCAAGAUGCACAAAACAAAAUGACCCAGCCAUCUGAAACCAGCUCUGUUUCUCAGCAAGCUAGUGAGGAAGGAAGUCAAAUGACCAAUCAAGUUUCUAGCGAAGAAACUCAGUUUGAAUUGACGGAACAGCUACCUUCUCGACCUUCUCAAUUAGACGUGUCUUUUUCUGCAGCAGGCCCACAGUUUUUGUCAGUUGAACCAGUGCAUUCAGUUGUAUCUCAAAAGACCCCCGGCUCUGAAUCUGGCACGCUUGAACUUGAGAGAGGGCUUCAUGUAACUCCUUCUCCUUCAGAGGGCUGUAGCAGCAGAGCAGUCUCUCCUUUUGCAAAGAUUCGGAGUUCUAUGGUCCAGGUUGCUAACAUAACGCAGGCUGGGUUAACCCAGGGGAUAAACUUUGCAGUGGCAAAGGUUCAGAAGAGCCCUGCAGAUCCUGAAGUAGUUAAUGAAGUCCAGCAAAAUGAACUUAAAAAUAUGUUUACACAAUGCCAGACACGAAUAAUUCAGAUUUAG